GACAGGAUGUGCACGGAAGUUGGGAGUUGUGUACAUACAAAGAAGGUAGAUCCACCUUCUUUGGUACAUAUGUAACACAGAGCUGAGAAAAAUGAUUCUCAGGUGUCCACCGAACGGCAACGUGAUAGGUUUAUGGGAGAGUUUGAGUAAAUCUGUUCAACUUGGGAAAGGACAGUCACAGAGAAGGAGGACAGGGCGUUCUUCAGUUGACUCUUCGGCUGCCCUCAGUCUAGAACUAGACAGACCUGUCACCCUUGUUGCUCAUCAACCUUUGGAGGUCGUCAGACGUUUAUGCCUCCGAUGGUUGCAGAGGAGGUAUUGUUUUACACCAGGCACAGGCUCAGGACCGUCCUGGUCUAUGUCGUCUCAAGUCUACAAGAUGUUAAGUCUCAGAGUUAAGCGAAAGAUGCACGUGGGUUAUUUAUUUGGUCCCAAAGUCAGCGCAUGUCAGAGUGAGAAGUUCCUGAACGUGGGAGCGGACUCGAUGCUGCUAAAACGCACCCGCAUGUUGGUUAGAGACCUCAGCACAUCAAUCAGAUAUCUGCAAUAUGACCUAAGGCAAACAGGUGAUGGCAUGGUGAAGUCCGGCAACAGAAAACUGUUUUUCGACACACACGCCAUAGUGCGUCUCUUGGAGGAAAGUGGAUUCAGCACACAGCAGUCUGAAGCUGUUGUUUCUGUUAUGGUGAACACAACUAACACUAAUAUGGAUACAGUGUAUGCUGACAUGGUAACUAAAACCCAGCAGGAAAUAAUGCUACAGCGAGUGAUGUCCCACAUAGCAUCGGUGAAGAAAGACAUGAUCAUCCUGGAGAAGAGUGAAUUUUCUGCUCUGCUGGCAGAGAAUGAAAAAGUCAAAGUGGAACUGUUGCAGCUGAAGAUGCAGCUAGCAGAUGUUAUGAACAAAGUCAGAGCGGACGCAAUCAUGGACAUGAAUGCAGAGAAGAGUAAAGUGAAGGAAAUGAAAGCAGAGCAUGAAAGAAGACUCCUGGAAGCACGGACUGAACUUAUGGAGAUGAAUGCAGAGAAUGAGCGGCAUGUGACCCAGAUCCAUAUGAAGAUUGACACAGAAGUGGCUGGCCUGAAGACCAUGCUGGAAUCCCACAAACUGGACACCAUCAAAUACCUCGCAGGCUCUGUCUUCACCUGUCUAACUGUGGUUCUGGGAUUCUAUCGGAUAUGGAUGUAAACUAGAGCAGUCAGGACAACAACACAGAACAAACGCACGCAAGUGGAUUUGCUUCAUGCGAAGACUUUUGACUAUGGAGAAAAAGCAGCUGUUUUUCCACAAACUGUAUAUACACGUGUUUUAUAUUGAAUGCCUUGUGAGGUUGUAAACCCAUUUCAUCUGUUGCUCCUUUGAAACAUUGUUUUUUCUCGUUUUCUCACAAUUGAAUGAUCAGUUAUUAUAGUCACAGUGGCACAGUGAAUUUUUACUGAGGUGUAAACAAAUACACUGUUUUAUUGUUAGUCUUAUAUUUCUCUAAAAUAUGUCUACAGUGAGUUGUAUGGUGCAAUUUGUAGUUAAUAUUUUACAAUGGUUUAUCUAAUGCUGAAAGGGUUACAAUGAUCAUUAUGAAGUCAAUUUGUUAGAAAAUGAUUAUUCAUUAUUUAUGUAUAAUAAACUGACAUUUCAUCCACUUGAAA